AUGAACCUCUUCAAAACAUCAGAGUUCGUCGCAGAGUGCGAAAAGAGUGCCAAAAUUCUGCAAGCCUUUCUCGACAAGGGAAAGAUACCCUCAGAUGUUGUUAAAAGCGCGAAAGGCCUCGCGAUCUUCACAGGCUUCCGAGCGGGCAUGUACUUUGCCGGUGCAGGUGGAUCAGGCGUCGUGAUAGCCCGACUACCAGAUGGAACCUGGUCUUCCCCGUCUGCAUUUUCCGUUCGUAGCGGUAGUGUUGGUCUUGUAUAUGGCAUCGACGUCUAUGAUUGCAUGUGCGUUCUCAACACUGCCGAGGCCGUUAAUGCGUAUAGGAAAUCCGAAGUCAAUCUUGGUGGUGCAGUCGCACUUGCUGCGGGACCUCUAGGUGGAAAUGUGAAUGUCGGUGAAGUAAAGCCUGUCUGGACAUAUACCAAGUCGCGUGGUGUUUAUGGCGGGUUGACUGUUGAUGGAACUGUUAUAAAGGAGAAGAAGGCCGUGAAUGCCGAAUUCUAUGGACGUGAGGUCUCGUCGGCCCAAAUCCUUGAUGGUCAGAUGGAGACUGGAUGGUCUCAGAAUAUUCAGGUGCUUCUUGAAGUUGUCAAGGAUGCCGAAGGGAAGGGUGUAGAAUACUGA